CUUGUCGUAACUUAGAUCGUUACGAUAUGGAGCGCCCUGCUACGUGCCCUAAGCGUCCCUGCCUCGCUCCCUCCCUCCUGCGAUCCGCUCUCUCACGACUCGCUCUGCCCUUGCGCACGGUCGACGCGACGACGGCGCGCGCGCCAACGGCGUGAAUUCGAUGUUGGCGAGGCGAGUGGCGGCAGCUUCUUCUUAACCCACCGGUGGGACUGUCGCUGCGUCGUGGCCGGCGCCGUCGAGGUUCUGAGGCGUCGUAUUUCUCCGCCAGGCGCAAGCCGAGGAGGAAAUCCUUCGCCUUCUCUGUUUUCUGCAACCGUGGCUAUACGAACUCUAACUACAACCUUAAACCCUCCUUCUCGAUCCCCUAAAACCCUAUGUGAAAUCCCUAAUCUUUCUCCACGCUGUUCCUCCUUCUCUAAUUCGAUCAAAAGAUCGUAUUUUGAACGUAAAAUCGCGUCUUCAUCAACUCUUUUUUCCCGAUUUUAGGCUAUGAAUUCCACAUGAACUCCGGAAAGUUGCUUCGAAUCGCCGCCCACGAAGCGAACAACUCGACGGAAGCCUCUCUCGGAGAAGCAUUUCUCCUCAUCCAGAACCAACUGAAACCCCCAUUUCCCCUGACGAUCCCUUCUCCCUCGGAAUACUCCCAAUUGAAUCGCGCAAUCGCUUUCGGCGUGCUGACUGAACCCCACCUCACUAAAACCCACCUCACCCACCUCCACGCUAUCGUCGUCGACGGCUAUGAGCUCUUCACCUCCAUCCUCGUCAAGCUCUGCAAUGAAUCCUUCCCCAAGCUUCUCGAUUCCCCAAAAUCUCAGCUUCUCCACGUCUGCUCCGCGCUUGUCAAUGUGUCGGCCCUAAAGAUCGAAUCUUUGCUGAUAUCUCUCUUGAGGCAGAUCAAUGGCGGCGAUUUCACCGAGUCGAAUUUGUGGCUGAGCUCGGAGCUUCUCAAGAUGCUGUCCGACAAUUGGAACUGGUUGUUGGAGGAGUCAUUGGUUCUUACGAGCGCCUUGUUCGUCUACCUCCGGUUGCUGUCAGAUCAUUACAGAUUAGCGGGCAGCGUGAAGUUGGAGGAGCUGAAGAGGAUGGAGAUCGACUUUUGUGUCAAGGUACUGAGACAGUGUUUCCAUUUGUGUAUGCAGAUCGGAAGAGACCUCGUUCGCCUUCUCCAGGACUUGGUCUACAUCUCUGAGUUCAAGGAUAUGUGGAAGGAUCUGUUGUCUGAUCCUAAAAAACUAGGAGUUGCAGAAUUUUCUGAUCUUUCCGACCUCUAUCGGAUAAGAACACCAACACACUAUUUCCUGCUGAGGAUUCCUCCUGAAAUGGAGAGCCAAUUGAGGUUUCUGCUCACCUAUGUGAGGUGGGGGAACCAGAGAAGGUACCAAGCAUGGUUCGCCAAGAAGCAUCUAUGUUGGCCUGGCAGCGAGACCGUGAUAAGCGACAUAGUUCGAUUCAUCUGCUGUGCCCACCACCCUUCCAACGAGAUCAUCCAGUCCAAUGUCAUCUCGCGGUGGGCAGUGAUCGGUUGGCUUCUGAAGUGUUGCAGGAGGAACCACUUCGAGGCGAACGUGAAGCUCGCAUUGUUCUACGACUGGCUGUUCUUCGACGACAGGGUUGACAGCAUCAUGAACAUCGAACCUGCGAUGCUUCUGAUGGUGAAUUCGGUGCCCAAGUAUGUCGAUAUUGCUCAUAUGCUGCUGGAGUUCUUGUUCUUGUUGGUGGACAACUAUGAUGUUGACCGAAGAGUGCUGCUUGCUCGGGGUGUGACGGCGUCGUGUCGUCUGCUGCUGAGGAAAGGAGUGGUUCAUUCGAUGGAGCCACUGACUUCUUGUGAUCUGCUAUCUCCAAUGCUGAGGGAAAAGCUCAGAUCCUUCCUUCCGGGAUCAGAGCUGAGUGACAAGAACAAGAUUCAAGAAGGAGAAGUAUCUGUUGCCUCGGAAGGGAAAAGGUUGGUACAAUGCUGAAACAUAUGUAUGAUGUUGUGAUCUUAAACAUUGCAAGAAACAUGAAGUUGAUUCUUUGUUGGUUUUAUCCAUAAGUUUCUGAAGCUAUUGUUGUAUCUUUAAUUUUGAGGAGUAAUGUUUUCAGGAUUUGCCAAUUUAAAUUUGUUUGGAAGCA